UCUUGUGUCAGUGACACGCCGCGGUAUGGUGAAUGGGUCAGUGUUGUAGAAAUAGAGGAUCCGGCUUAGGGGUUUAAACAGGUUUUCCCUCAUGUCCCCUUUUGUGCAGUGCACCGUCAGGUAACGGACCGGACACGCUUUUACAGCUCGACCAACAACAAGUUUUGAGGUGAGUGCUCAAAGCAUUUUCGGUACAGACAUGAAUUUGGGCAGACGGCUGAUCGUGACCAUUGGCCUGACCUUGACCUUAGGUCUGCUGCAGUGGCCAAUAUGCGAUGUCAGCGGCCAGGAAGGACCAUCUCCUGCUCAAGUUCUUCAGGAACUGCUGACACGAUAUGGGGACAACGCCACCAUCUCAAUCCCUCAGCUUCGAUUGCUCCUCGUGCGGUUAAAUGGGGGACAGAGCGGAGAACACGGUGUACAAACCCAACCAAAGCCCACCAAAACCAAUGCAUCCAAGUGCUUGGCAACAGAUGCUCUGGCCCUGUAUGGGAUGAGUGAAGAGUCCCGUAUAGAUGGACGGGGCCUGCAGGAGAUCUGUCCCACCAUGUUACAGCAGCUGGACUCUCAAGCAUGUAAAGCCCAAGAGGACCAAGAUCCAGGGACCAGCCCUAAACCUACAGAAGCUGAGGUGUGGGGGUAUGGUUUCCUGUGUGUGACAGUGAUAUCUCUCUGUUCACUGGUCGGGGCGAGCGUGGUUCCCUUCAUGAGGAAAACCUUUUACAAGCGGUUGCUGCUGUACUUCAUAGCCCUGGCCAUUGGUACUCUGUACUCCAACGCCCUCUUUCAACUAAUCCCAGAGGCUUUUGGAUUUGACCCCUUGGAGGAUUAUUAUGUGUCCAAGUCUGCUGUUGUCUUUGGGGGAUUCUACCUGUUCUUCUUCACAGAGAAAGUCCUAAAGAUGAUCUUAAAGCCAAAGGACAAGGGAGCACAUGGCCACGGCCACAGUCACUUCCCCACAGAGCACUAUGCCAGCUCUAAUGGUGAUCUGGAGGAUGGCGUUAUGGAGAAACUGCAGAAUGGAGAGGCUGGUGGAGCAUCUUCACCAAGAGUAGACGGUGAAGUCAGAGGGGUCGGAGAGGACGACAAGAUGCUAAGCACAGAGCAGACAGUACAGGACACACAGAGUUCAGGUGGAGCCAGAACGGGUGGAUGCUAUUGGCUGAAGGGCCAGGCGUACUCUGACAUCGGGACUUUGGCAUGGAUGAUCACUCUGAGUGACGGUCUGCAUAAUUUUAUAGAUGGCCUAGCAAUCGGUGCCUCUUUCACUGCAUCUGUGUUUCAGGGGAUCAGUACUUCUGUCGCCAUUCUGUGUGAGGAGUUUCCGCAUGAACUGGGCGAUUUUGUAAUCUUGCUAAAUGCUGGCAUGAGCAUUCAGCAGGCACUGUUCUUCAACUUCAUAUCAGCGUGCUGCUGUUAUCUGGGCAUGGGCUUCGGCAUCCUGGCCGGGAAUCAAUUCUCUCCGAACUGGAUCUUUGCUUUAGCUGGGGGCAUGUUCCUCUACAUAGCGCUGGCUGAUAUGUUUCCAGAGAUGAAUGAAGUAAGCCGUGAGGAAGAGGAAGCAGGAGGAACUGCCUCUCUGGUCACUUUUGCCAUCCAGAACGCUGGGCUGCUCACUGGUUUUACCAUCAUGCUUAUACUCACUAUCUACUCUGGACAGAUACAGCUUGAAUAGCAGAGGACCUAACUACAAACUGACAACCAAAAGACUAACAUGGUAUCUGGACCUACUGGGCUAAACCUUCAGCAGUGCUGGCUUGUUUUAAAGCCCAGCUGGACUAGGUCAGGACAAAAAUUCGUAUGGGUGUAUUUUGGGCUCACAUUACACCCCGGACUGUUUGAAUGAUGCUUGAAGUUUGACUGACAUAUUUAGAUUCAUUCACAACCAAGGAUUUGUGGAUAGAUCAUCUGUCGUUUGUCUAGUUUAGGCCUUGACUUUUUCCUUUGCCUCAAAAGAAGCUUUAAGAUACUUCGAUUUUUAUCUGCUUUGCAGAUUCAACAACCCCACUAAACAUCUGGGAAUUUGUAAUCAUUUGUACUGUUUUAAUCUUUUUGGCAUUGAUUAACGUGACACGAGGAGUGUACACCAAAUACUUUGCAUGCUCCUUUCUUUAAACUGGUCAAAUGAAGGCUAGUCAAACUGAUUCCAGUGCAAAAUGUUUUUGUUAGUUUACCGGGAAAUAAAAAAAAAAGACAAAAACAAUGUAGUUUUAGUAUAGUUAAGUUACACAGAUACAGUUGCACACUGUAAGUAGCUAUUUUAGUUACUUCAUGUCCGUUAUUUUUUUAUUAUUUCUACUAGUUUUCCCAAUGUCAUUCCAUAUUAGUGAAAAAAAAAAUGAUGGAGUUGAAAACAAACAAAUCACUUAGUGGCACUUAUUUUUUGAUAUUGUUGUUUGUGUUUAACCUCUUUGUCAGAGAUGCUGAGACCUAAGUUUUUCUUGAAAGAUCUCCACCAACUUUUUAUAUGACCAGAAUAAGUGGUGAAUCUUUUUCCUUUUUAUGUAUCAAUUGUUUUGAAACCAAAUGAAUUUAGACUUUCUUAUGUUUUAUUUGUUAAACCCUAUGUAUUAUUUACAGACAAAGAAACAGUUGAAUGGAUGGAUGGAUUGUAAAGGGUUAAAUAGAAAAAUUAGCAUUAUUUUCCCCCUUAGCAGAGCUUUUGUCAUGUCAGCUGACAUACUUAUGGUAAAUAUGCUUUUAUUUGGCAACUUGUUAGUGGCUUUUGUGAUAAACAAAAUACCACAGUGACUUUUAAAUUAAUGUUUAAAAUAUGCAAUUUGUUGUAUUACAAAUCAGAAAAGUUAUUCGAAUCGAAAACCACCAUUAUUAAAACAUAUAGACAUUCCUGAUGAAACACAAAGAAGAAAUAUGUUUUCCUUAGGUUUAACACAAUAAACUGAAUUGCAUCUAUUUUAUAUAUAUAGUUGCACUUGAAAAUACUGACAUUUUCAUUUUUCCCCAUCUUUCAUUUGAUUGUUACCAUUGUAAGAAAUUAGCAAUUCAGGCAAGACUGUAAGUUAAAUCACGUAUCAUUCCUUAUAACUGAGCUUGUUUAGUGUUCUUUAUGUAAAGAACUUUAUUAUUUAAUUAAUAUCUACCUGUAGAUGACUUAAGCUUUAUAAGUCAUUGGGAGUAUUUAUUUAUACAUAACGAUAUAGAUAUGUUACAUUUUCUAUGCAGCAGAACAGAAUUUACUUGGUUAGGAAAAACUUUGCCAUUUUUGAAGAGGUGAGCCUGUCUGUUUUCUUGUCCGCAUUCGCUCAUGGUCUAGAUCCAUUCAGAUCUAGGCUUUUCCUUGUAAACAGGCUGUAUCAUCUUUGUCUUCCGCAUAUAACAUAUUCUUCCAUUAUACAUUCAUCACUUGUUAUCCAUGUUGGUUAAAUAAUGUUGUUAGCUGAAAAUGCAUUACUUCAUUUGUAAUGUGCAUUUAUAAAACUGACUUCCCAGUGUGCUAAGGAAGAAAUGGUUACAAUUGUUGUCUUGUUCAUUUUAUUGAAAGUAAUUAUAUACAGUAGCUCUAUAUAGACUGUACCCUUUGUACUUGCACAUACAUUUGGCAAAUCAAAGUAACAUUUUUCCAGGACCAUUUUUUGUGCUAUUUAGACCAUCAGAGUAAAUUCCCUUUGUGUAUGUAUUACAUUUGACUUUGUAGGGCAUCACAGGUUGCAACAUGGUUUCAGCUUGCGUCUAAUAUCUAUGCAUUGAGACAUGUCCUCUGAAGUGAGUUUAUGCCUUAAAGAGAAAAGUUUUAGAUUUUUGUACCUCAUUUUAAAAUAGUAAUAUUUAAAGUUUAGUGUAAAAUGUGUCACUGGUCAUUUGUGAUUUUAAAGUUGUUUUCUGUUUAUUGUUAUAAAUAACGGUAUUUAAAUGACAAAUGGGGGUUGUUUUAUAUUUGUUGCUGUAAAAGCGUAUGUGAGCAAAUCAGUGAACAUCUCAUUUGUUUUAGUAGAAGGUAUCAGGUUAUUAUGAAGGAAAUAUUUUAACAACGCUAAAUGUCUCAAGUGUUGUGUGAAUUGUGAUGCAAUUGUGCAACGUGUGAAAUCUGCUGGUAAUGUUUUUUUCUUUUAUCUUUUAUUUGAAAUUUUAGGCCAAGGGGUUUCAGCUCAUUGUGCUGUGAAGAAAUGAUUUUUAACUAAUAAAAAAAGUUUCUUAUCAUUCA